UGGGUUUUUUAUGUAGCACGUUACCAAGAGAAGACGAAGACAUCAUUGUCCAUCCUGGGUCAACUGAAAAAUAAAACCCUAGCAAAAGGGAUCCAUUCAUUCAUCCACCAUGAUCAUUGAUCAUGAUCAUUGCCACGGAAUCAAAGCUUAGCAUUUGCAUUGGGUGAAAGAAGUUGAGAAAUUAGAAGUGGCGAGUGAGAGUGAAAAAUGGGUCUGCUUUCUAACAAAGUGGAGAAACACGAUAUCAAACCUGGCGAUCACAUCUACACUUACAGAGCUGUUUUCACCUAUUCUCACCAUGGCAUUUUUGUUGGGGGAAGCAAGGUUGUACAUUUCAGACCUGAAAGAAACUUAAAGUCAAUCACGGAGGCAUCGUCAAACUCUGAGGAUCCAACAUCAAACCCAUGUCCAACAUUUCCUGAUUGUGGAUUCAGACAGCCAAACAGUGGUGUGGUUCUUUCUUGCUUGGACUGCUUCCUCCGAAAUGGUUCUCUCUACUGUUUUGAGUACGAGGUUACACCAUCUGUUUUUCUCACCAAAAUAAGGGGUGGCACAUGCACCACUGCAUCAUCUGACCCACCAGAGUCUGUUAUCCAUCGAGCAAUGUAUCUUCUUCAAAACGGCUUUGGUAAUUAUGAUGUUUUUCAGAACAAUUGUGAGGAUUUUGCCUUGUACUGCAAAACUGGUCUUUUGAUAGUAGACAAGCAAGGGGUUGGAAGAAGUGGUCAAGCUUCUUCCAUUAUUGGUGCUCCAUUAGCUGCAAUGCUUUCUUCUCCCCUCAAGUUGUUAAUGCCAAGUCCUGUUGGUGUUGCUACUGUAACAGCAGGGAUGUACUGCAUGAGCAGAUAUGCAACUGACAUUGGUGUGAGAAGUGAUGUGAUCAAGGUGGCAGUGGAAGACUUGGCUGUGAACCUUGGAUGGACUUGUCCUGAGGAGGAACAAGAAACUUCAAACAGACAGAUUAAUGACAGAUGAUUUAGCAUUUCUCUUGAUCCUUAUCAUAAAAACUUUCGAAUGUGUCACUGUUAGUUGAUACACUAUUUCAUAGCAUAUGUGUCCUUCAUGUCACAUCUUCUGUGAGGCUUAACUGGUUUCUUUCUCAUAUUCCUUGCCGUAAUUGGUGUGUUGUUAUUCAAGUCGUGCAUGGGACGAAAUAGGCAAUAAUACUAUAUAUUACGGUAGUUACUAAUACCUAUAAUCUGAUGUAUUCCUUUGAGACAAAUCUUCUUCUGAUUGCCCAUAAUGCAGAAUAGUGAUUGAACCA